CCCAUGGCCCGGCGGCGGCAGAGGCGGCACGGCGGGGCCGGUGGCCCGGCGGUGGGGCGGCUAUGCCGGGGGCGGCGGGGCGGGAGCGGCGGCGCUGAGUCGGUGCCGUGGCGGCGGGAGCGGCGAUGCGGCUGCUCGGCGCCUUCCUGCGGCUACUGGUGGCCGGGACGCUGGGGGCGCCGCCCGCCCCGGCCCCGGAGGAGCGGGGGACCGCCAGCGCGGAGUCACCCGUCCUGACUUUUCGGGAGAUCUGGAAUCGUAGUUUCUGCCGGCCGCUGGAGCAGCUGGUAGACGUCACUAACGAAUUCCCCAACGAGGUGGAGUACAUUUUCAGACCCUCCUGCGUCUCCCUGCAGCGCUGUGGAGGCUGUUGUGGGGACGAGGGUCUCCGCUGCGUCCCCGUGGAGACCAGCACGGUCACCAUGCAGCUCCUGAAGAUAAAGCCAAAUGGGGAGGCACCCUACGUGGAGAUGGCGUUCACUGAGCACAAGGAGUGCGAGUGCAGGCCCCGGCAGGACCUGAUGAGGUUGGGAAGGAGGAGGUCCAAGAGCCGAGGUAAGAGAAGACAAGACAAGAAGGGACGGAAAGACUGUGAACUCUCACUUUCUCAAUCCUCUUGCUAUGACAGCACAGACUGGACUCAUUGUGGGCACUUCUGAGAUGUGGCACACCACGCAGGUAGCCUCUGCUCUGCCCCCAGCCUCGAUCUUGCUGCCUGUAUUUGAGCCAGUUGCAUUUCCCCCUGGCAUGGGAGACUUGUGGAAUCAUGUCCCUCCAAGCUGCACUGGGCAGCAGAACUCUGUCAGGGAAGAGCUGACUGGACUCCCUUGCCCCAUCUGCCCUGUUGGCAGCAGGACAAAAGGACCCAUGACCAGGUCUGGAGCUGAAGAUGAGGAGCUCAAGCCAUGUGUUGGUGUUCAAGGGCAUUCUGGGGACAGCGAGGAGCAGAGCUGGUGGAUGUGCUGCUGGAACUGGCUGGGGAGCAUGAUGUGGGAGCAAGCAGAGAUGGCUCACAGGGCUGCAAAACUUCUCUGUCCUGUCAGUGCUCUGCAGCUGGGGAGGAAGGAAACCUGGGGCAGGCAAGGCUGCAGGGCUGCAUCUGUCCCAGCCUUGGCACGGGACAGCCCAGGAGGGUGCCAGGGAGCUUGCUUGGGAAGCUGUUCUGGUGGGGAAUGGGAGGGAACUGGGCUCCUUGCUUGCAGCCACAUCCCAGCCUUGCCCUGCUCAAUAAAAGCUGGUGGUGAGAAGUGA